AUGGAGGAUCACAUGGCCUCAUCAGAGACGAUGGGCACCGGAAGCACUUCUGUUACCAUGGCAACUGACUCUGUGGAGACUGAUCCCGACCUGCAGGUUCAGUGUGAAAGAGUGAAGGGUCAGAGACUCGCCUCAGCCUCCCACUGCCCCAGCAUGCAACACUCCCAGAGGCUGGACCAAAGACUGCACAUGCUCAGGGACGAGGUCAGAGCCAUGACUCAGGAGAAGGAGCGAGGGGAGCGGGUAUGGAGGGAGCGACUGCAGCGCUGUCAAAGGCAGCUGAAGGCCAAAGAGGAGGAGAUGAGCCGUCAGUCCCAGUACUUUGAGAACUUUAAAACCCAACUCCAACACAAGCUGAGCCUGGCCCGGGACAGAGAGCAGAGCCUACAGAACCGCCUCUACACUUUAGAGAAGCGGCUGCUUGACAUGACUGUGAGCGCCGCCACCGGCAUGGCCACAAUCAGAGCGGUCAGAAUCACUGCCGGGACCGUAACACUCCGGGCAGAGCAACAGAGGCUGACUUCUAUGAGAGGAGAGGAGGGAGGACUAGAGGGUGAUGAGGGACAGACUGAGAAAGAAAUAGAAGGAGGAGGAAACAACGACACAAAGCAGAGCUCAGAUGAGUCGAGGCUGCAGGGAUUCAUCUUGAGCCUGCAGGAGGAUCUCAGGGUGCUGCUGGAGAGAGGGGAGGAUGGGAUGACAGAGCGGAGGGGGCUGGUGGAGCAGCUCGCUGAGGCCCAGGAGAACGGCCACUUCCUGGGCAACAGAGUGGAGGAGAUGAAGGCGGAGGUGCACCGGCUGAAGCUGUCUGAAAGCUCACUGAUGGAGGAGGUUGAGGAGCUGAGAGAAGAGAACGACAGACUCCAGCUGAUCCUCAGGGAAGCUGCAAACCAAACAGCCAGUCAGUCGUCGACAGUCGUCGAGAACGCCUGCACAGGUCCAGGGACGAACUCAGUGGGGAGCUCGGCAGAGGUGCAGCCAUCCUUGACCAGGGGAGUAGAUCAGUCACAGUUAUCUGCAGUUCCACCUGAUCACCACCAGGUUGCAGCAGAGAUCCCACAGAACAAACCCGACUGUGGCUCCAAAGACAACCUCAGCUUCCAGUCCCUUUCCUUGACUUCAGAGACAAUAGAUGAGUUUAACCUGGAGACGUGGUGCUGCAGAGGGAUCUUAGACCUGGAGCAGAGCCCCAGUGAGGAAUCUGAUGCCCUGAGAGAAGCGUAUAAGAGUUUGGGGUUAGGGGAAGAUCUUGCGGACCUUCGAGAGCAACGUGGCCGCCUGGAGGCCGCCCUGCGGCACACGCAGGAAGAACUGGAGAUGGUGGCUCAGGAGAACACUCAACUAAAAAUACAACUCAGGCAACAGGCAGAGGAACAAGCUGCACAGCAGGGGUCUUCAAGAGAAAAGAUCGGCCAUGUCCAGUCCUCUCCACCCCAGGAUAACAACAUUUCCGCCCACGCCCAGGAUGAACUUGCCCAGGAUGAACUCGCUCAGGCCCUCAAUCAGGAGAACCGGGCCUUGGCAGAGAGGAUCAAGGAGCUGCUGGCUCACAUCGAGCUCCGAGAGGUGGAGAUCAAGAUGGAGCAAAGUCAGCUGAGGGAGCAUGCCUCCAGGUUGGAGGAGGUCAGAGUCAGGCAGGAGCAGGAGAACCAGGAGCAAGGAUGUUUGAUCACAGAGCUCACCAGGAAGACGGAGGAUGAUCUCAACACAAUCAUGGAGCUUCAGCAAAAGUUGGAAGAGAGUGGGAAGCAGAGCAACGUAGAGGAAUGUGUGGACAAUACGAUAAACGGCACACCAUAA